UUAUCUCCGAGAAGUCACAAAGGUCGGCCGGGUCGAGGGGUUCGUCGCAUAAUUACAGAAUUGUUCAAUUUAAAUAAAACUCCAUUAUAUUUAACGCGUAAACAUGUUGUCCCGCGCAAUCAAACCAGUUGCCUCCGUGGCUGCUCAAAAUGGAAUUAAAAACUUUUCCACUACAUCACAGAAAAACUUCAAAGUGGUGGUUGCUGGUGCCGCUGGUGGCAUCGGCCAGCCCUUGGCCUUAUUGUUGAAGCAAAAUAAGCUUGUAACCAAGCUGGCUUUGUACGAUAUCGCCCCAGUAACCCCCGGAGUGGCGGUCGACCUCUCUCACAUGGACACCCCGGCCAAGGUCACCGGCCACCAGGGUCCCGACCAGCUCGCUGAUGCCAUCAAAGGUGCCGAUGUAGUAGUUAUCCCAGCGGGCGUCCCCCGUAAACCCGGUAUGACUCGUGAUGACCUGUUCAACACCAACGCAUCCAUCGUACGCGAUCUUGCCGCUAGCGUCGCUAAGAACUCACCCAAAGCUAUUCUGGCCAUCAUAACAAACCCCGUGAACUCCAUGGUGCCAAUCGCCUCUGAGGUCUUGAAGAAGGCUGGUGUGUACGACGCCAACAGAAUCCUCGGUGUAACCACACUAGACGUGGUCCGUGCUGCUGCCUUCAUCGGUGAGAUCAACGGAGUCGACCCUCAGACAGUAUCCAUCCCAGUCAUCGGUGGUCACUCCGGAGUAACCAUCAUUCCCCUGCUGAGCCAGAGCAAACCUGCCGUCAAGUUGACCGACCAGGCCAAGAUUGAUGCUCUUACCCAGAGAAUCCAGGAAGCUGGUACUGAGGUAGUAAAAGCCAAGGCCGGUGGUGGUUCUGCCACACUUUCGAUGGCUUACGCCGGAGCAAGGCUUACUGGAUCUGUACUUAGAGGACUCAAUGGUGAAUCCAACGUGGUGGAGUGCGCGUAUAUCAAAUCAGACCUGACCGAGGCCACAUACUUCGCAAACCCUGUCGUACUCGGCAAGAACGGAGUUGAAAAGAACCUCGGCUUCGGUCAACUCAACGACUACGAGAAGAAACUCCUCAAGGCAGCCAUCCCUGAACUCCAGAAGAACAUCAAGACCGGUGAAGACUUUGCCAAGAAGUAAAGCUUUACACCAGCUACGACCAGGUCGAAACAAAAUGAGUCUUGUAGUGAAUUAAUUAAACAUAGACAGCUGUAUUUUUACCUUUAAACGAACACUGUCGAACUGUUUGUAAGAUAAUUAAAUGAAUAUAUUAGUUGUAAGAAUAAGUGAAUUGUCUUCACAGCCUGGUUGACAACUCUUAGAGAAUUGUCGUAUGAAUAAAUUUUUCUUAGUUUUUUUUUUAUGUUAAAUCUUUGGUUAUUGCAUUUUAACGAAUAUUUAUUGUUUUUUUUUUUUGUGAUACGUGUAUUUUUUUUUUGUCACCGAGUGACUGCAUUGUGCGAUGUGUACCAUUCAAAGAUAUUCAAGUUUAAAUAAACAGAUAUUAUCGUUUUGUUUUA